GCAUGCAGCAAAUGAUCCCCAUCCUUCCUCUCCAGGACGCUGAAGGAACUGUUUGCUCUGACAGGAUUUGCUCACUGGCUGACUGCUGCAGUUGGACAGACAAUAACUCAGUGUGCCACAGAGACUGAAAUAAUUUCAAAAUGGACCAUCAGGACCACAUGAAUUCUGGACAGGUGGGUGACUCUCAGCACUCUCCUGGGAACAACAUUGCAUCUGGUGUAGCCAACAUGACCAUCAGUGACGGCCAUCAACUGGACAUGAAGAAUGGGACAGGAGCACAUAUUGGAUAUGGGGAUGGUCCACUGAAAGAGGAUACACAUGAACCAACGCCUGAAGUGACCACCCAAAAGCCAGUUUUGAAGGACUACGAACCCAAUUCUACCUCCCUUGAUAAUGAUGUCCCAAUGGCAGCUGCAAGAGGGACAGAAGAAGCUGGAAAAGAAGAGUUAACACCAGGAAGUCCCUGUCCACCAGAAAGUGGCCGGAGCAGUGCGGCAUCAUUGGAUGGCAAGGGAGAGAGGGAGAAUGGAGAAAGGGAGAGGUCUGUCAGCCCACACCAGUCACCCAUGUCCCCGCAUGGACUGCCAACAACCCUUUCCGAUGGGUUGGCUUCAGGGAUCAUAAGCUUUGAGAGCCAGGCAAAGAGGAGUCCAUCAGAUAAGAUGUCUGACCAUCACAGUCCCAGUGGAUCUGAGGAUGAGAAAGAGAAUAAAAUGGAGAAGUCUGAGAGCAAAUUUUCUCACUCUCCUGAUGUAGAAGAGGCUCCCAGGAGCCCCAUCAACAUGGAAGAACAUGGGGAAGAGGAAGAAGAUGAAAAAGAGGACAGAGAACUUGGUGACGUAAAAGAGGAAGAAACAGUAGUUUCCUUGGUACAAAGUUCUCUUGCCCUAGACUCGACAUCCCAGAUAGACAAUAGCAUUGAUGGCCAAUAUGAAACCCCUACUCAUCUUCCCAUGACACCAGAGGAAGCUAAAAAACGUGGCCUGUCCUUUGACUACACAGAACCUCAGGAUCCUUGUCAGCAGGGUGUCCCUGCGGGCUGGGAGUGCAACUCUGACAAAACACCACCAGAAAGCAGGAGCCCUGACACCUGCAGGGCAGAUCCAGGCUCACCCCUCUCUCCCAGCAUUGCUGCCGACCCAACCCAAGAGGAGUCAUCCCUCAUGGACUUCCAGACUGAUGCUAGGGAGGAAGAAGAGGAAUCCAAGGUACCAGUAAAAGAGAGGGAAGCAGAUGAGACCAGCAUUCCGGCAUUUUCCAAAGUAGAAGAAACACCCAAGAUGGUGCCUGAGGCAGAAGCCAAAUCAGAGGAGCCUGGAGAACCUAAAGAAGUAAAGGAAGUCAAGAUGGAGAAGCCAGAGAAGUACUUGGAGACAAGCGAUGAUGUUCUUAUUAAUGCAGAGAAUGUAGUGCAAAACGUCCAGUCCAGUGUUGCCAAACCAGAACCAGUUGCUGCCAUAGCUAAGGAUGCUGUUAAACCUAGAGCCCAAGUGAUGCCCACAAAAGCUCCAAGUAAAGGAGCUCUUGUCAAAGAAGCUCCUGCCAAAACACAGAAACCUGUUGCUACAGUUGCUGCCACCUAUUCCCCCAAAUCUGCUACAAAACUUCAGAAAACUCCCUCUAAAGAUGCUGCUCCGGCCAGAAAAGCAAACCUCCCCGGUGCCCCAUCCAAAGCCAAAACUGGAGCAGGGGCAACUCCUGAAAAAAAGGCUGGAGAUGCCAAGACGAAGACAGCAGGUGCCAAACCCCAAGGAGUAGGUGCCAAAAUCCCAGCUGCUUCACGGAUGGAGCAGCGAAAGGCAGGACCAGGGUCCAUUGAAAGAGCUGACUCACCUAAAACUCCAGACCGUAGUGGAUGCAGCAGCCCAGCCAGUCGGUCCUCCACACCUGGACAACAGGUGAAGAAAGUAGCGGUGGUGCGCACCCCACCCAAAUCACCUGGCUCACUGAGAUCCCGCACCCCCAUUGCCCCCGUUGCACCCAUGCCUGACCUGAAGAGCGUCAAGUCCAAGAUCGGCUCCACUGAGAACCUCAAAUAUCAGCCUGGAGGCGGGAAGGUUCAGAUCGUGCACAAAAAGAUUGACCUAAGCAACGUCCAAUCAAAGUGCGACUCCAAGGCCAACAUUCGUCACAAACCAGGAGGCGGAAAUGUGGAAAUCAAAUCUGAGAAGUUGGAAUUCAAAGCCCAGUCAAAAGUUGGAUCUCUUGGCAACAUUGGACAUGUUCCUGGAGGUGGCCAAAAAAGGAUUGAGAGCCACAAGCUAAAUUUCCGAGAGCAAGCCAAAGCGCGCACUGACCACGGCGCUGAGAUCGUGUACCAGUCCCCCAACAUGGGCUCCACGGAUGGAUCGCCUCGCCGCCUCAGCAACGUGUCUUCCUCGGGCAGCAUCAACAUGACCGACUCACCACAACUGUCCACACUAGCUGACCAGGUGUCUGCCUCCCUCGCUAAACAAGGCCUGUAAGCUCCGCCCUCCCCCGCAAAGGUCAACUGAACAAAAUGGGUCAGCGAUUGACAAAAAAAUUAAAUAAUAAAAGUUUAAAAAUAUCUCCUUCAGUACUUUCGGAUUCUCCUAACUAAAGGUUAUCCCAGCAGCUUGUCUGCUUAUGAAAUCAUUUUUGCCUCCUGGUACCGAGGGACUCGUAUUGUUUACAUUAUUGGCUUAGUAUCCAUCAUAAAAACAAAAAUGUAAAAAUUUAAAAGGAGCUGGUGGUGUAUUGAUCCAAAUGGUCAUUUACAGCACUGAGUAGCCUUAUUAUUUUUUUCAAUUGCCCUGAAAGAAAAUGAUAUUUACUUUCAAAGCUGUGUUUGCUUUGUUGCCUUAUUGUGAAUGUUUUCUGUAUUUUUAUUUACCAUAUCUUUUGCACUCCUGUUUUAAAAGGCGUGUUACAUGGUUUGGAAGGGUGCAGUUAAUGAUAAUGGCUAUGAAUUUGUUAGUACAGGAACAUUUUCAAAUGCUCUCUUGUAAAAAAUGAACUGACUCGGGCAUUAUAUCAUCAGGCUAUUGUAAACACACAAAUGUAAGAUUGAUAGAGGCCUGUUAUUUAACACAAAUGCAUCAGUGGGCUCUUCAGACAAAGUGCAUGCUACUGUUCUUUGAUAGAAUCAAAGAUCAAAUAAAAUACAUGCGUUUUACAGCAUAAAGACAGUAAAGAUCUGCUUUGAUAAAUAACUAUUCAGAUUGGUUCAGUCUGCUUCACCAAAAAUCUGAAAAUCUUGGUACUAAUAUUUGCCUGUUAGUUAAUAAAUUCAGGUUAUAAAGCAUAUUUUCCAGGCCCAUGAUUUUCAGUCUUGCCACAAUUUCACAGGUAGUUCCAUUGCUAAAUCAAAUGCCUUUGCUUGGCCUCAAUUGACUGUUUUGAAGUAGAAACCAGUGUCAAUCAGUCAGAUAACUGAAAACAUGAAUCGGUUUCCCUGCAUAACAAUCAUUCAACCAAUAUCACUGGUACAGCACACAAUUUUUUGCUUAGCUUGUUAUAACCAAAUGGUAAUGAUGUUUCUGAUGGAUUUCUGAUUCUGCAUAACAUACAGUCCCAAAGAAUGUGUGAAUGGACCAAUCAAAUAUCUGUAACAUCAUUUUGAGAAAUCAUAUAUUGAGAAGAGAUGGCAGAAAAGUGCCUCCUAGAGUUGAUCAGUACAUUUCCAAAAACUGUCUGUGCUUUAGAUAUUCCCUUUGAUCUAAAACAGAUUCUAUCAUGCACAGCAGCGUAGAGCUGUAACAUUUGGCGUGAAAUAUGACACUGGACAUUUAAUAGAGCAAAAUCCCUCAGAACUAAUGCCUUCAAUAUACUCAUCAGUCCAAACCACAAAGCUAACACACUACACAUUCCCUGCAUGCAAUAGACUUCACCAUGGUUAUGAAUAUAGUAACUCACCAAAUCACUUUUCAACUGUUUAGAAAAUGUCGUUUCCCUGACUUUUUGGAACAUUUAUCCUGAAAGAAAUAAUGAUAAAGAAAGAACAAAGCUACCUGCAAAAAUCCAGGUUUAUGUUGCACUCUUUUUCCUAAUAGUAUUGUGUGGAUGAUGCAAAAGAUGGACGAAUGUGUUCAACCUAAAACUUUUUAUUUCAUAUCCUUCAGUGCAUUGCAGCUUUUUGCCCUUUUGAAAAUGAAUGCACAGACUGAACAUGUGACUUUAAAUGGGAGCUGCCUCUACUCAAAUAACCCACAUUACUCAAAAUGUGUAUAUCUUGCAUUUAAAAAAAAAAAAAACCAUGUCAUAGUCAGUGAAAUUUGCAUCCAUUGAUCAGAAUCUACAAUAACAGCAAAGGACUUGCCUAACACCAAAUAGGUCUACUGUAAAGUCAACACUGUGGCGUCUUCUUUACAGCAUGCUGCAACAUAAACCUGAGCAUUUAGACAUGUGGGUUAAGAUGAAGAAUAUACUUUCCAGAUAAAAAUGUUAAAAAUGGCACUGGAUGAGGGCUUUUGGCAAUUCUACCCUUUUGCUGUAUAUCGAACUGUCCUAUAAUCUGUUAAAACCAGUUCAGAAAACCAGUUCUCCCUCUAGUUAAUUUCCUGCUUCUGCUCCUUUCAUUGCAGUUCUUCAUUCUAGCUUGACAGUUGUGAUUGUCCUUAUCGUAAUGUGUUUUAUUAAUAGGUUUACACUGAUACUCCUUGCUGUAAACGUGAAUUUGGAAAUAAAGUCCAUAUUAAACUUC